UGUGACUCGGGCUCUCACUAUUCCGCCGUCAUUCAGCAGGAGAAUGGCGUGGAGAGCAGUGUUCCCCGCGGCACUUAUGUUUUUAACUCUGUCUCUCAGUGCAUGUGUGUCGCCUCUCCCAUACGUUCUGGACGAUAAAGCGGGACUGGGGAGGGUUUUUGACGGAAUUGGAGGCUUGAGCGGCGGCGGGGCAACUUCUCGGUUACUGGUGAACUAUGCAGAGCCGUACCGUAGCCAGAUACUGGACUACCUGUUCAAGCCAAAUUUCGGCGCCUCUUUGCACAUACUGAAGGUGGAGAUUGGAGGAGAUGCUCAAACUACUGAUGGAACUGAGCCGUCCCACAUGCACUAUGAGAAUGACGAGAACUACUUCCGGGGCUACGAGUGGUGGCUCAUGAAAGAAGCCAAGAAGAGGAACCCAAACAUUACACUCAUCGGAUUACCCUGGGCAUUUCCUGGUUGGGUUGGCCAUGGUAAGAACUGGCCCUAUGACUUCCCAGACGUUACUGCAACUUACGUGGUGAACUGGAUCCUUGGUGCCAAGCAGUACCAUGAUCUGGACAUUCAAUAUGUUGGGAUUUGGAAUGAGCGAAGCUACGACAGCAAGUACAUCAAGGUGCUCCGGAACAUUCUGGAUAAAGUUGGUCUAACUGGUGUUGGCAUCAUCGCUGCUGAUGGUGAUUGGAACAUCGCUAAAUCUAUGAAUGGCGACUCGGCCCUGAAUAAUUCUGUUGAGGUUAUUGGGGCCCAUUACCCAGGCACGACCACUGUGAAGGAUGCCCUCACCACUCAGAAGAGGCUCUGGUCGUCAGAGGACUACAGCACCUUCAACAACGAGGUUGGAGGAGGCUGCUGGGCUCGAAUCCUCAACCAGAACUAUGUUAAUGGUCACAUGACUGCCACCAUCUCCUGGAACCUGGUGGCCAGCUACUACCAGGAGCUGCCGUUUGGCAGAGAUGGGUUGAUGACGGCAGAGGAGCCGUGGAGUGGCAACUAUGUGGUGGAGUCUCCGAUCUGGAUCACAGCUCACACCACACAGUUCACCCAGCCAGGAUGGACCUACCUACAGACUGUUGGACACCUGGAACAGGGAGGAAGUUAUGUUGCCCUGACUGAUGGGAAAGGAAACCUCACGGUUGUCAUAGAAACAAUGACUCAUGAUCAUUCCGUGUGCAUCAGACCUCCUCUCCCUGCGUUUAACGUGACUGCCCAGAAUGCAACUUUCCAGCUAAAGGGAUCCUUUGCGUCCAUCAAGGAACUCCAAGUGUGGCGGUCACAGUUUAAUUUCAAGACAAAAAAGCCGUCCUUCUUUGAAAAGCUAACUCCUCUGAAGCUGUUAGAUGGAUCCUUCACCUUAAAUCUGGCUGAAGAUGAAGUGUACACACUCACGACAGUGACAACGGGACAGAGAGGCAGUUACCCAGAACCACCUGCUUCAGCUCGCUUCCCCAAAGUCUACAAGGAUGACUUUAAUGUCCGAGCCCCUCCCUUCUCCGAAGCUCCGAACUUUGCUGACCAGGCAGGAGUGUUCGAGUACUUCAUCAACCUGACUGACUCGGGACCUCACGUCUUCACGCUACGACAGGUUGUGACUCAAAGACCUGUCACGUGGGCAGCAGAUGCUGACCAGACUGUCAGCGUGAUAGGAGACUAUCAGUGGCAGAACCUCACAGUGACGUGUGAUGUCUUCAUGGAGAAGAAUCAGACGGGUGGUGUUUUCAUCGCCGCCAGGGUGAAUAAAGGAGGCCAGUCAGUCCGCGGUGCCACUGGAGUCUUUUUCUGGUUGUUUGCAAAUGGCACCUACAAAGUUACCAAUGAUAUUGGUGGUCAGACUGUGCUGGCAGAGGGGCAGUCUGGUGCCCGAGCAUAUGUUUGGUACACCUUAUCACUCACUGUGCAAGGUCAGUAUGCGUCCGGGCAUCUUAACGGAUUCCCACUGUGGAAGAACGCUGUGGUUCUGACUCCAAAGAACGGCUGGGCCGCUAUCGGAGCGCACUCUUUUGAACUGGCUCAGUUUGACAACUUUGCGGUGGUGGCAAAUGAAUGAUUUUAAAACCUGAAGACACUUCUUUUAUAUUAUUUGUUCAGAAAACGAGACGAGAAACUCUCUUUUCGUCAUGAGAGUCAUCAAUGAAUGAAGGGUAAAAAAAAGAGAGGGAGAAUAAAAUCCUGUGUUAUAAUAGGAGUGUGGAAAAGAUUGCAGAAUCUAUCAGGAUGUGAAAAGAAGUCUAACAGUGAUAAUAUAAAGUGUCUUAUAAGGCAUUUGGAGACUAUGCUUUAAAUGUGAAAUUGUGGAUUACACCUUUCUAAUCAAUGUCUUACCUUUAAUCAGUGCCUUUAAUUAAUUUGGUACCUGGGGAUAAUUGUAUAUUUUAAGGCUGCACAUUUUAAUGUAACACAUCUCACCCAUUUUGCACUGAUUGUCAUUUUUAAGGAAAUUCAAAAUAACUGUUUUUUUCACUGUUAAUGUUUUUAAGGUUUUAAGCGUGUGUGUCAUAAGGGAAUAAGUGUGUGUGACUGAAAUGAACAAACAGAAGUAUAUAUGUUUGUAAUGUGUGUCGUUCCAGCAUUGAAUAAAAACUCUUAAAACUA